CCAAAAUGGAGAAACCAGUAAGACUGAGAACCCUAGUCACCUGUCCCCCAAAAAACUGGACUGUAUCGAAUUGAGGCAUUCGAAGAGCUGCAAGAGUCGAGCAGGAUUCUGGAGAAGAGCUUCUCCUUGCGAAGGAAGUCUUCCAUCCUACCCUCUCUCUGAGAAAAUGGCAAAGUUCGGUUUCGUCACCUUAGCUCUCCUGAUGAGCGCAACCUCCGGUAACCCUGUUCGCAAAAGCUACGGGCAUUUUAACUUCUCUCGCAAACAGGUCGUCGAUUUCACGGUUGAUGUUAUCGAGGCUGGAAAAGAAUACAUGGAAAGGAUCGAAGUGAACGAAAAGAAGCAAACGGAAUUGUUUCAAGUUCCAUCUCAUCCUGGUGUGGAUCGCAGUGAUGUGUUACACGAUUUCAAACACCGUUUAACCCUGCUACGAUUCCCGGAAAACAAGAUUUGUUACCUGUUUCCUCUCGUGAAACAGCAAUCGAGGCCAAAGAAGCUGAUAAAAGAUCUAAAGAGAGCUGAGAAGACGAUUAUAACAGAGACCAGCCGGGAAGACAGUACAUGGAUUCUGGAUGGGGAAGUAACCGAUCGCUCAGCUCUCGGUGAAGAGGCAGACAGUUUUUGCGCUCAGUAUAAGAUGUACAGGGUGAAAAAAAUGCAAGAAUCCCUGAGGGUCACAGAAAUUCAAACUAAGGAAACAGGCAAUCGAAUUCGACGACGAUCCACACCUUUGGUCGACAAAAAGUUAUGUCCUGGGGCCAAAGACCUCGAUCAAAUGUCCGCAGAAUGUCGUGACCCUAAGUUGAAGUGCUCUCGCGUGGGAAGCUGUUUCCGCUAUGCCAAAUGCUUCGGUGACACCAGUCUGCACUGCAAGGACGUCCACUACUCUAGUAGUAUCAUAUGUUGCGCAUACACUUGUGACGACAAUGAUAGAUUUGCAGUAUUGGACGACGAGGCCGCAGAUACCUCAGGACACGGAUCCGGGAGAGAAGUACAGGACGAAGAAGCUGCCUCUGGGGACCCUGACGAGCGUUCCGAGGGAUCAGGUUCGUUUGCAGCUUUGCGAAGGCUGUGAUUAAAGAUAGUCAGAGUCGUUGCUUCACGUCCAGCGUGUUUUGGAAUCAAAGUUCAUUAAGCGUUAACUUGUAGUCAAGCCUAAAUUUCAUACUGAAUAAAUAAAAUGUUAAGGCAAAGAUGCCUGUUCUUCAAACA